AUGGAAGGCGUGUCCGUAGAGAGGACAGGUGGGCGUGGACGUGGGCGGUCUAGGAAGCCGUGGGUGUGGGCGGCUCUGUACAUCCUGGCCUCACUGUCCCCGGCCGCCCACGCUCAGCUGGACAACGAAGACUCCGUUUUGGGCGUUUUCAUGGACUCCGGCAUUGUGCAAGGAGAGCGCUCGGUGGCCCAGGAACUCAUUGCCUCCACCGUCAGUGCCAGUGCCGCCUCUAUGUCCCGGGGGAGUGUCACUGUCAAGGCUCUGUCAUCCAUGAACGACACGAUGCCCGAGAACAUGGCGGCCGUUUUGACAAUGUCGUCAUGUGAAGCGACUCACGCCUGGGCAGAAGGCCUGGCGGAGAUGGGGAAGCUGCAUAUUGCUAUUACAGCUGCCGGUUGCCCAAGGAUCAGAUACCCAACUGCCCUAACUGUUCCUUUGUCCAGCGGCUCCAGGGACAUUGUACAGGUGUUCACUGAUCUUCGAAACAAGAACACUCUCACCUGGAACGAUAUUACACUUAUUCAUGAUGAUAGUGUGGACCAAUCCGAGAUUGGCGAUUUGGUGAACCUCUUGGCUGACAGCACAGACAUGUACAAGGAGACAGCUAUUACCAUUGUGGAUCUCGCUUCAGCCGAAACCUCGUCUAUGAAACUCGGCAAGCUCUUCUCCACCCUGGGUCCUCGUCCCGGCGAACCUCAGAACAGACAGUUCCUUGUCAUUGCUUAUAAGGACGACAUCAUCCCCAUUCAAGACUUGGCCCGAUCCCUAGGCCUCUUCGGCUCCCAACAUCAGUGGCUCUUCGUCAUCCCCAACACCCACGCUCUUCGCUACGACAUGGAUUCCUAUUUGGCCAACAUGAAGGACGGGGACAACAUGGCCUUUGUGUACAACAUGUCCGAUCUCGCGCCCACCGUUGAGUGUAAUAACGGAUACGACUGUUACAUAAAGCUGUUAACUUCACAAUACGUAGACUCCCUGGCUGAGGCGCUGACGAAGGAGCUUGAUCUCUAUUUUCAGGUGUCCGAAGAAGAAUGGGAAGAAGUGAAGCCAACACCAGCCCAACGCGCGAUCACCAUUGUGAAUAUGAUGAUGGAAAAGCUCAAAGAAUCGGGGGAGUGCUCUCGCUGCACGCGCUGGGGCUUGCAAGCGGCAGAGGUCAUGGACUCGGAGAGGUUCGAGUUGCUCAACGUUGCAGACUGGCGACCUAUGACCGGACUCAGCCUCUUGGAUGACCUCUUCCCGCACGUCACAGGAGGUUUUCGGGGUCGCACCAUCCCAGUGACCUCGGUUCAUUACCCUCCAUGGCAGAUUUUCGAGAAGGACAAUUCUGGUCGAGUCGUCGGAUAUUCAGGUCUCAUGUUCGAAGUUUUGAACGAGCUCGCUUCGAAACUCAACUUCACGUACGUCGUUAGACCGCCUUCGGAUGGAAAAUGGGGAGCGAAGGAAAACGGACAGUGGAACGGUAUGGUGAAGAUGAUAAUGGACAAGGAGGUCAUCAUGGGCGUGGCUUCCUUCUCCGUGUCCGAGCAGCGCAUGGAGGUGAUCAACUUCACUUCGACCAUCGACCGUCAGCCUUACACCUUCAUGAUAGCGAGGCCCAAGGAGCUGUCUCGUGUGAUGCUGUUCAUGGAGCCUUUUGCUAAUGAUACCUGGAUCCUCAUCGCUAUCACGGUGCUGGUCAUGGGCCCCAUUCUCUUCCUCAUCAACCGAAAUUCCCCAUUCUACACUUACUACGAGCUCUACGACGGCAAAGGCCUCUUCAGACUUCAGAACUGCUCGUGGUACGUCUUCGGAGCCAUCUUGCAGCAAGGCGGAACCAAACUCCCCCUCAGCAAUUCGGGUCGUCUCGUCGUGGGUUUCUGGUGGAUUUUCGUCCUUAUCGUCGUGACCACGUACUCCGGGAACCUCGUGGCCUUCCUGACCUUCCCGAAGAUCGAGAACGCCGUCAGCAGCCUGGAUGACCUGCUGCGGGUCAAGGACUCGAUGACCUGGGGCUACAUCGGGGGCACUGUGCUCGAGGACUACUUUAAAAACGCCAAGGAGAAGUUCGCGGACAUCGGCUCCCUGGCUGAAGUCCACGAUGCCAAGUCGAGUCAGAUGCUGUACGAUCGCGUCCGCUCCUCGCCGCACGCCUUCCUCGAGUGGAAGACGAAUCUGCUGUUUAUCAUGAAGGACGAGUUCAAGGCGACGGACAGCUGCGAUUUCUCGUUGGGUAAAGAAGAAUUUUACCACGAAAAUGUCGCAAUGGGAGUUCCGAGAGACAGUCCCUACAUUGGAAGAUUUAACAAAGAGAUCAAGAAGAUGCAGAUCGGCGGCCUGAUCCAGAAGUGGAAGCAAGACUACUGGCCCAAGAAGGACAAGUGCUCCUCGACGGCCUAUGGAGGAGGAGACGCCACCAGGACCGUGUCGCUCUCGGAUAUGCAAGGGUCCUUCUUCCUGCUCUUCCUCGGCUUCGUGCUGGCGGCCGUCGUGAUUUCGUGCGAGUGUAUUUUCCGGAGGCAGAUCAAAAGCGGCCAAGGUUCGCCCACCAGUACUGGCACAUUGGUCAAGCCGUUUAUGGCUUAG